CGGGACUUCCGGGCUCUGCUCGGAAAUGACCUCAGAGUGUCAACAUGUAAGAUGGCGGCGCAUCACCGACAGAACACGGCGGGGCGGCGAAAAGUGCAGGUCUCCUAUGUGAUUAGAGAUGAGGUGGAGAAGUACAAUCGAAACGGGGUGAAUGCACUCCAGCUUGAUCCAGCAUUAAACAGGCUCUUCACAGCAGGCCGAGACUCUAUAAUAAGGAUAUGGAGUGUCAAUCAGCACAAGCAAGAUCCUUAUAUAGCAUCUAUGGAACAUCACACAGAUUGGGUAAACGAUAUUGUACUCUGUUGCAAUGGUAAAACAUUGAUAUCUGCAUCUUCUGAUACUACUGUUAAAGUGUGGAAUGCACACAAGGGAUUUUGUAUGUCAACACUUAGGACACACAAGGAUUAUGUGAAAGCCUUAGCAUAUGCAAAAGAUAAAGAACUGGUAGCAUCUGCCGGGCUGGACAGACAAAUAUUUCUCUGGGACGUAAAUACUCUAACAGCACUGACUGCCUCAAACAACACUGUCACAACUUCUUCCCUGAGUGGGAACAAAGACUCUAUCUACAGUCUUGCAAUGAAUCAGAUGGGAACAGUAAUUGUAUCAGGGUCCACUGAAAAGGUUUUAAGGGUGUGGGAUCCAAGGACUUGUGCAAAACUAAUGAAACUUAAAGGGCACACAGACAAUGUAAAAGCAUUGUUGUUGAACAGAGAUGGCACACAGUGUCUUUCAGGCAGUUCUGAUGGAACUAUUCGUCUAUGGUCCCUUGGGCAGCAGAGGUGUAUAGCCACAUAUCGAGUCCAUGAUGAAGGUGUUUGGGCCCUGCAGGUUAAUGAAGCCUUCACUCAUGUUUAUUCAGGAGGAAGAGACAGGAAGAUUUAUUGUACAGAUCUACGAAAUCCUGAUAUCCGUGUGCUCAUCUGUGAAGAAAAAGCCCCAGUUCUUAAGAUGGAACUUGAUAGAUCAGCUGAUCCUCCGCCAGCCCUUUGGGUUGCAACAACCAAAUCUUCUGUGAAUAAGUGGACUUUGAAGGGAAUUCAUAACUUUAGAGCCUCUGGAGAUUAUGAUAAUGAUUGUACAAAUCCUAUAACUCCCCUUUGUACACAGCCUGACCAAGUUAUAAAAGGAGGUGCUAGUAUUAUUCAGUGCAACAUUCUUAAUGACAAGAGACAUAUAUUAACCAAAGAUACAAAUAAUAAUGUGGCAUACUGGGAUGUUUUGAAGGCCUGUAAAGUUGAAGACCUUGGGAAAGUUGAUUUUGAAGAAGAAAUUAAAAAAAGAUUUAAAAUGGUGUAUGUGCCAAACUGGUUCUCAGUAGACUUGAAAACUGGGAUGUUGACAAUUACUUUAGAUGAGAGUGACUGCUUUGCAGCUUGGGUGUCAGCAAAAGAUGCUGGAUUUACCAGUGCAGAUGGAUCUGACCCAAAAUUGAACCUUGGAGGACUUUUACUACAAGCACUUCUAGAAUAUUGGCCUAGAACACACAUCAAUCCAAUGGAUGAAGAGGAAAAUGAAAUAAAUCAUGUGAAUGGCGAGCAAGAGAAUAGAGUACAGAAGGGAAACGGAUACUUUCAGGUGCCACCACACACGCCAGUUAUUUUUGGUGAAGCUGGAGGACGCACUUUGUUCAGGUUAUUAUGUCGGGAUUCAGGUGGUGAAACUGAAUCUAUGCUCCUUAAUGAAACCGUGCCACAAUGGGUAAUUGACAUCACUGUGGAUAAAAAUAUGCCUAAAUUCAAUAAGAUCCCUUUCUACCUCCAACCUCAUUCAUCUUCAGGGGCAAAGACGUUGAAAAAAGACAGAUUAUCAGCUAGUGACAUGCUACAGGUCAGAAAAGUAAUGGAACAUGUUUAUGAGAAAAUCAUAAGUCUGGAUAAUGAAUCUCAGACGACAAGCUCCUCCAAUAAUGAAAAAGCUGGAGAACAAGAAAAAGAGGAGGACAUUGCUGUGUUAGCAGAAGAGAAAAUUGAACUCUUGUGCCAGGACCAGGUUUUGGAUCCAAACAUGGACCUUCGAACUGUAAAGCAUUUCAUAUGGAAGAGUGGUGGAGAUCUGACACUUCAUUACCGCCAGAAAUCAACGUGAAAGAAGUGAUGGACCCAAAUGGUUAUUCAUUUACUUGACCUUACUGUACUGGUUCCAAGAGUAGUACUAUAGAAGCCCACUGAACCCCUAAGGUAGAUGAGACUUCUAAUGACUCAGUAUGG